AUGGUGACGCGCCUGCCUGUCGGGGGGCCAUCCGCCGCCCUCUCGCUCCGCCCUCGCCACGCCGCAGGACAUCGUCCGGGCGAGCCCCCCGUGGGCCCCGAUGCUCGCGGCGUCGGCCCCCGGUGCCCGUCGGGCCAGCUGGAGCGCGUGCGGAUCGCCACCGACCGACGCCGAUCGGCUGGCCGGCCGCUCGCGGCGGCGGCGGUGGACGCCCCUCCCACUGCUCGGUCCUCUCCCGGGGCCAAGCACGUGCGCGAGGCCGACGUGAUCGUCAUCGGAUCGGGCAUUGGGGGCCUCUGCUGCGCCGCGCUGCUGGCGAGAUACGGCGUCAAUGUGGUUGUUGUGGAGAGUCACUACACACCAGGGGGCGCGGCACACACGUGGAUGUCUGGCGACUAUCACUUCGAGUCUGGGCCCAGCCUGUACUCUGGGAUGAGCUCUAGGGGAAAGGGAGCAAACCCCCUGGCACAUGUGUUCCAGGCGAUCGAUGAAGAGCUUGAGCUGCUGACAUACAAUGCAUGGAACAUCUUCUUCCCAGAAGGCCACUGGCUAGCUCAGGUUGGCGCUGGCGAGUUUGCCAAGAUUGCUGAAGAAGUUCGCGGGCCACAGGCUGUGAAAGAGUGGCAAGCAUUGGAAGCUUACUUGAAAGAUUUCAUGUCAUCUGCCGCUAUGCUUCCCCCAGCUGCCCUCCGGGCAGACUUGGGGGCAGCAUUGACUGUUGGUGGUCGAUACCUUCCUGACUUGAUCAAGGGAGGUGCAAGCACCCAGAAGCUGACCGUCCCCUUCUCUGAGAUGAUCAAGGGCAUUAUCACAGAUGAGUUCCUGCUGAACUACAUCGACCUCCUCUCCUUCUUGUUGUCAGGUCUGCCAGCAGAUGGGACGAUUGCAGCUGAAGUGGCAUACAUGUUUAAUGAAUGGUACCGACCCAACUGCUGCCUGGAGUUCCCAAAGGGCGGGAGUCAAGCGAUGACAGAUGGACUUGUAAGGGGCCUGGAGAAGUUUGGUGGCAAGCUCUUGUUGCGCUCGCACGUCGAAUCUGUACUGGUCGAGGGGGGAAGGGCAGUGGGCGUGGAGUUGAGGGGAGGGAGAGUCAUAAAGGCAAGGAAGGCCGUCGUUUCAAAUGCCUCCAUGUGGGACACGCUGUCGCUGUUGCCUGCUGGAUCCGCUCUGGAGGAGCUGAAGAACAAGGCGGAGAAGACACCCCUGAAUCCCAGUUUCAUGCAUCUCCACCUAGGUUUUGAUGCCAGUGGAUUGGAUGAUGUGGAUUUGCAUCACAUCAUUGUCAACAGCUGGGAGAACGGAGUGGACAGCGAACAGAACGUGGCCCUCAUAUCCAUAGCCAGCGUGAUCGACCCCGACUUUGCACCCCCAGGAAAGCAUUCGCUGCAUGCCUAUGUCCCAGCGACAGAGCCCUGGGAUCUCUGGAAGGACAUUGACAGGCGCAGUGAGGAGUACAAGAGGCUGAAGGAGGAGCGGUCGCAGGUGCUGUGGAACGCUGUGGAAAGGGUGGUGCCCGACAUUAGGAAGCGUGCUGAAGUCGUGCAUGUGGGAACGCCUCUCACGCACCAACGCUUUUUGAGAAGGCACAAAGGGACUUACGGGCCAGGAAUCAAGGCGGGAGAGGGAACAUUUCCGGGUCCCUCCACCCCCAUCCCUGGCUUGUAUUGCUGUGGGGAUUCCACAUUUCCAGGCAUCGGGUUGCCCGCCGUGGCGGCCAGCGGAACCAUCGCAGCCAACACGUUGGUCCCCAUCUGGGACCACUGGAAGAUGCUCGACGCGCUGGGAGUGUGA